ACAAACGCCCCCCUCUCCAAAGAGACUGGAAGAUGCUACGCGGGCGGGGCUAAGAGCAACGGUGUCCACUCGGUUUAUUGGUCAGGCUUUUGGACUCCAACGAGGGCAUCGUCUUUUUUAUGUACAUCUCACGCCCGUGUUUGCUCUAUCCUCCUAACGAAAUACUUAAUAUUUCCAUAAAACAUACAAAUAAUCAAGUGUUGCCUGCCUGUAAGAUGGCAAUGGUAAAGAGUGGCUGGCUCCAUCGACAAAGUACCAUCCUGCGUCGGUGGAAAAGAAACUGGUUUGAUUUGUGGGCUGAUGGACGGCUUGUUUUCUAUAAUAAUCAGCAACGGCGUGAGGUGGAGGAUGACAUCCACAUGAGGGUCGACUGCAUUAACAUCCGCAACUCUGUUGCAUGCCAAGAGCUGAACCCCCCGGAGGGGAAGACGCGUGAUGCCUUCUUUCAGAUAGUGUGCAGAGACGGCCGGGUCAUCAGCCUGUGUGCAGACAGCGCAGAUGAUGCUCUGGCGUGGACCAUGGCACUUCAGGAUGCCAGAAUUAAUGCAGUGGUCCCUACACCUCAGAUCGGCUUUGCACAGGAAGUGAUUGCAUCUGCUCCUCCCCCCUACUCAGAAUAUGCUCCACCACCUCAGGCUUUCUCCUUUCAGCAGGGUUACGCCCUGGGACCGUAUGGAGAAUAUGUCGCAGCUCCACCACAUGCUACACAGAUCGUUUACUCUGCUGAUGGGCAGCCCUACGCCUAUCCUUAUCAGUACCAAGGUGCGUACACCACUCCUGGAGUGAACCACGUUGUUAUUCAUGAACGGCAGCGGGAAGACAGAGGAGAUGUGGCUUUGGGCAUGCUCGCUGGAGCAGCAACUGGUUUGGCACUUGGCUCUCUCUUCUCUGUCUUCUAAUGUCUUCGUUAAUGUAGCACAUACUCGCUAUGUGUGUUAUAUAUAGACAGGAAAUACUGUUAGCACUUUCUCAUGUGUCCUGUGUGGCAGUUUCCCACCCCUUUGUGUUUUGAAAUGAAUGUUCUUAACCAAAUAGUACAUCACUUUUCAAGAGUUAUUUAAAUGCCAGGAAAUACACUAGCUACUCCUUUUGUGUACUGUA